AACCAAUGCAUGCAAGUCUUUGCGUUGGACUCGGAGUCAUCUUUGUCUUGGGUACACGUAGACUAUUUGCCCCGAGAGUAUCACCUCCUUUCUGGUAAAUUUGCAUGCCCUUCAACUCCCGCCGAGUCUUUUCACCGGCGCAAUUCAUUCGGAUUUUCGUCAUUGUCAAUCUCACAACCUAUAUCACUGCCCAAGCCUACCUAGGAGCCACACGCAACAGAACUCCUCCGGCUUCUAGUUCCAUUUCUACCGACGAUCACGAUGGGGGGCAAGAAAGGCGGCGAGAACACCAAGAAAGCCGUGGGCAACGCACGCAAGGCUGACGCCGCCGCCGCCAAACAAGCCGCCCAGGAUGCCAAGGUCGCCGCGGUCGAGGACGACAAGUGGUCCAAGGGCUCCAAGGACAACAAGAGGAAAGAGGAUGCCGAACGAAAGGCAGCAGAAGCCAAGGCGAAAAAGGCCGAACGAGACGCCAUGCUAGCGGAAGAAGAAAAGUCACAGAGGUCGACGGGUAAAGGCGCGAACAAAAAGACGGCCGAGAAGAAGACGAGGGGCACACUCGAUUUGGGCCAGCUCGACGGCGAACCGAGCGGUGGUGGUGGCAAGUCGGCGGCGGCACUCAACGCGUCGGGUAUCGACAAUGCCCUCGACGCCCUGAGCCUGACGGGGUCGAGCAACGAGCACAAAUUGGACAGGCACCCCGAGCGACGGUUCGCGGCGGCGUACAAGGCGUACGAAGAGCGGAGGCUGCCGGAGGUUGCUCUCGAGCACCCCGGGCUACGGAAACAGCAGCGCAUCGAGAUCGUGAGGAAGGAGUUUGAAAAGAGCGAGGAGAACCCCUUCAACCAGGUCGGCAACGUGAGGUACGACGCCAGCAAGGAGCAACUGGCGGAUGCGAAACGGCAGAUCCGUGACGGCGUCGAGAAGAGAUUGGCCGAGAAAUAAAGAUCACACUCCUCUCGCCUGAAGGGCUGGAGACAAUUCACGAUUGGACGCUGGGUUUUUUCUUUCUGUCUCUGUAUCUGACUCGGCUCGGAUCGCCGACUGCGAGACUAAUGUUGGUGGAACAUUUGAGACAGGAUGAUCUCAUCAAGCGCAAUGGAUCUCCUGACCUGGGCCGAACCUUCUGUGGAUGGACAAUGGUAUGUGCAGUAUCUACAUCACAAUGGCCGAGCUGAGCAGCAGCAUGAAUGGUGGUAAUACAUACUAGGAGAUCUAGGAUGAUCCAUGCUUGGAUGGUCUCAGACUGUACACCAAAUUUCAUCCUGAGAUAAACGACUCUCGACUCAUACGGGGCUCCGUUGGGUGUGAUCUGCCACAAGCGAUAUCAACCAUGAAGGGACAUUUUCGUACGUGCGAGACCAUUCGCCUCGAUCAUUGUUUUUCGCAGGUCUAUUUCUCUCGCCACUAUUUAAUAGUUCGGUGUAGCUUGAGAGACAUAGAUAUACCUACGUAUCAGCCAAACAUCGACUCUUUUUUACUGUAUUUUCA